GUUCCUCUCACCGUUGUGAUAUGUUGGACUGUGGUGCACGAGUACAAGUCUCGACAACAAAAUUCUUUUUGUUGGGUUCCUUAUGCUCAAGGAAAUCAUCUUUGGAUCCUUUCUGGAACUAUGGGAUUUGCAUUUAUAAUGAAUUUCUUGUUCCUUCUUGGAAUAGUGAUUAUUCUGGUACAGAAGCUGCGAACGGAAAACUCAGCUGAAUCCAGAAAAAUAUGGCGAACAAUCAAAGCUACGCUGUUGCUGGUCCCGCUGCUUGGGAUAUCGAAUAUCCCUCUGUUUUACGAGCCAGAACAACCAAGUGCGGUUUAUAUGCUAGGAUCUGCAAUUUUUCAGAAUUCACAGGGCAUAUUUAUCUCUGUACUCUACUGCUUCUUGAAUAGCGAAGUCCAGAACGCUGUGAAAAGACAGCUCUCCAAAGUUCCUCUAGAGUUCUUUAAGCCUCGACAACGAUUUGAAACGGAGAGAACAUACGUGCCGGAAAAUAGAAAUGUAACCAAGCAUGGGGUGCCAAUGGAAGAGUUGAAUGGUACGAAAAAAGUUCCGCAAGAAACCACACCAUUGAAUCAGGUUGUCCCUGAGUCACAGAUCUUUUCCGUAUCCACGGCGCGUCGACCUCGCUCACCGGAUGACGCCGACUGA